GCGGCGCGCAGGGCCAUGUCGGCGCCGUGCCUGCGCCUGCCCGCCGCCGGGUCAGCACCGGCGGAGGCGGACAGCGCCGGCGGCAUGGAGCCGCCCGGGGCCGCCGCCCUGGAGCUGGCCCUGGAGGAGGAGCUGGCGCUGCUGGCCGCCGCCGGGGAGCCGCCGGAGCCGCCGCCCGCCGCCGCCGCCCGCGACCCCGAGCUGCUCUCGCUGAUCCGGCAGAAGGAGAAGGACCUGGUGCUGGCGGCGCGGCUGGGCAAGGCGCUGCUGGAGCGCAACCAGGACAUGAGCCGGCAGUACGAGAGGAUGCACAAGGAGCUCACCGACAAGCUGGAGCACCUGGAGCAAGAGAAGCACGAGCUGCGGCGGCGAUUUGAGAACAAGGAGGGCGAGUGGGAAGGAAGGGUGUCAGAGCUGGAGAGCGACGUGAAGCAGCUGCAGGACGAGCUGGAGAAGCAGCAGGUCCACCUGCGCGAGGCCGACCGCGAGAAGACGCGCGCUGUCCAGGAACUCUCCGAGCAGAACCAAAGACUCCUGGACCAGCUCAGCAGGGCGUCGGAGGUGGAGCGGCAGCUCUCCCUGCAGGUCCACACCCUCCGGGAGGACUUUCGGGAGAAGAAUUCCUCCAGCAGCCAGCACAUCGUGCGGCUGGAGAGCCUCCAGGCCGAGCAAGUCCUUGAAAUCAAGAUGCUGACGGACAGGAAGAGGGAGCUGGAGCAUCGCCUCAGUGCCAUGAUGGAGGAGAACGACCUGCUCCAGGGAACCGUGGAGGAGCUGCAGGACCGAGUGCUCAUCCUGGAGAGACAAAGCCAUGACAAGGACCUGCAGCUGCACCAAAGCCAGCUGGAGCUCCAGGAGGUGAGGCUGUCCUACCGGCAGCUACAGGGCAAGGUGGAGGAGCUCAGCGAGGAGAAAAGUCUCCAAAACCUCAACACAACCAGCACAUCCCUGCUCUCUGAGAUAGAGCAGAGCAUGGAGGCAGAGGAGCUGGAGCAAGAACGAGAACAGCUGAGGCUGCAGCUCUGGGAGGCGUACUGCCAGGUGAGGUACCUGUGCUCCCACCUACGGGGCAACGACAGCGCCGACUCGGCCGUGUCCACCGACUCCUCCAUGGACGAGUCCUCAGAAACCUCCUCAGCCAAAGACGUCCCCGCCGGGAGCCUGCGCGCCGCGCUCAGCGAGCUCAAGAGACUCAUCCAGAACGUGCUGGAUGGGGCAGACUCCACGAGCUCUCGGCGAAGCGACGACGACACCUUAGAGGAACAGAUCAGGAGAACCAGUGAGGAUUCACGAGCCCUGAGGGAAUUAAUGGAGGGAGAACGGGGGAAACUGAGGCAGAGUUUGGAGGAGCUGCAGCGACUGCACAGCCAGGUGACGCUGCUGAGUGUGGAGAUGACGACGCUGAAGGAGGAGCGGGACCGGCUGCGCGGCGCUGCCGAGGACAAGGAGGCGAGCGAACGGCUCCUGCAGGCCAUCAGGGACCGCGACGAGGCCAUCGCCAAGAAGAACGCGGUGGAGGUGGAGCUGACCAAGUGCAAGAUCGACAUGAUGUCCCUCAACAGCCAACUCCUGGAUGCCAUCCAGCAGAAGGUGAACCUCUCGCAGCAGCUGGAGGCCUGGCAGGAUGACAUGCACAGGGUCAUUGACCAGCAGCUGAUGGACAAACACCCGAAGGAAUGGAGCCAGCUUGCUUAUUCCUUCUCCAGUGGCACCAGGCGGAGCGCCAGGCCCUCCCCCAGGCCGGAGCAGCAGGGGGACGAGCCCGGCGGGGCCGAAGGAAACCGGCUCUUCUCCUUUUUCAAGAAAAAUUAAUUUGAAAAAGAGAAAACUCUCCAACAAUUCCUGCUUCAAGAUGGGGAGUGGGGCAGCUGCCCAGCUUGCUGAUGGACCCAAGUCUGAUUCACUGAGUAAAAAAGAAGGGGGCAAAGGAGUUAACCCUUGAGACUCUGCACUAUUUACACCGCACCUGGU